AUGAGCUCUCAGGUUCGUCCGUCGUUUUUCUGCAGUCGCCCCAACGGGUCUCUGACCCCCCUCAUUGCACUUGACGACUUCCCGGUUGGUGUUACCGUUCGUGGUGUUGGUCGUACCCUCACUCCCAGUGAUACCCAGGGCAUGAUCAGCUGUGGCUCUGCUGAACCUCGCUCCGAGCCGUGGGAUCUUGAGGGAGCUGCUCCUGCUGGCCGUGGUGCCAUCGCCAGUAACGAAGACCUUGCUGAGCUGCAGAGCGUACUGUUCAAAAUCAUGGCUGAUGACAAUGUCUCCACUGAGCUCCGCGGGGCUAUCAAGGGAAUCCUAUACCGCGGCCUUGACACCUCGUACGUCGGUGGCUCGACCCCCACCAAGGCUGUGACCGGUCGUCAAUCGACCUCCCCUGGCUAUCACGGCAACAACGGCCACUCCGGUCACGGCCAUGCUGGCAACGGCAAGCACGGCUUCAACGCGAAGAAGGAGUUCUGCUCCUACUGGAUCCGUCACGGCGAGUGUGACUACCAGCAGCAGGGUUGCCUGUACAAGCAUGAGAUGCCGACUGAUAUCUUCAUGCUGGAAAAGCUUGGUCUUCGUGACAUUCCUCGCUGGUACCGCGAGAAGUACGACGUCCCGAGUCUGCUGCAAGCCGGCUAUGGCAAUCAGCAUCGUGGACAGCAGCAACAGGCUGCCAUCGACCAGCCUCAGCAGCGUGCUAUUCAGUACCGCCCCACCGCUAACACUGUGACCAACGCUGGUCCCUCUGCUCACACUGGCCCUGCUGCCAAUGCUGGCUCAUCCACCAACGCCGGCCCAUCCGCUAAUGUUGGCCCCUCGACUCACGCUGGGCCAUCCCGCAAUGCCGCGGCUUCUCGCAACACCGGCACCUUCCGCAACGCCGGCCCCUCGGGCAACAGCAAUGCCACUAGCAGGAAGACCAACGCCAAUACCAACGGUAACCCCCGUGGUAGCAUCAAGGGACGUAACAACCCCAACGCGGGCAAGAAUGGUCACCGCGACGAUGUGGCUGCACCAUCCGUCAACAAUGACAGCAAUGGCACCCCUAGCAGUGCAUCUCCAAACAUGAGCAACUCAUCGACUUGGAGCAUCAGCCCCCGCGGACAGCAACUGCUAUUGGCCACCCCGAUGGAUCGUCCCCUGACUCUGUCGGAAGUCCAGGGCAACCACAUCCUGGACAAGGAUGGUAUCGCCGCCCAACAAGCCCUGGCUGCUCGUCUUCGUGCGCUGACAACCGAAGACGCAUAUCCGGCGGAAGAGUCGAUGAAGCCUCUUUAUCGCACCAAGUCGCGCUUCAACUUUGGCGCUGAUGGUCAUCUGAAGGGUAAGGCAGCCCAGGCCAACCGCACUGGCUUCGACCCGUCCGCCAAUCUCGCCAAGCCCGAGACUGGUAAGGAGGCUACUCCCUCUGCCUCGACUUCCAUGAUCGGUCAGCUCGUCGCCACUUCCGAGCCCAUCGAUCCCAACGAGCCUCUGUUCUACUGGGGACCCAUUGGCCAGCCUGUUCAGCGCCCUGUUAUGUAUGCUCCCAAUGCUUACACCGCAACUCACGCCAACAACCAGAGCAUGAAUGGCCACAAUGCUCAGUUCACCUAUCCCUACAUGGACCGUCACUAG